UAGAAAGUAUGCCCAUAACCUCAUUUUCCGGCAAAAGCACGAGUUAAGGCAAGAAAGCUUUCCCAGAUAAAUAUAUACGUAGGAUUACCAUGUCCCUGAAAAGAUAUUUUCUUCAUUGUGCCUAUAUAGGAACACCUUUCAGGGGCUCUCAAAGACAAGCGAAAAGAGGCAGUCUUGUACAGGACGAGCUCUCAACAGUUCAAGGAGCCAUCGAAAUGGGACUUAAAUAUCUUAAUCCCGCUCGAGACACGGUUGUAUGUAUGGCCAGCAGGACAGAUGCCGCAGUUCAUGCGUUAAACACUACCUGCCACUUCGAUUUUUGUCAACCUUUCUACGCUAUUCUUGAACCGGAUGCUAUCACACUCCGUCUCAAUAAAUUUUUCAUAAAAUCGGAUAAUCCAAUCAGAAUUUUAAGUACCAAAAUUGUUCCUGAUGACUUUCACUGUAGAUACAACGCGAUUUCCCGAACCUAUCUCUACCGGAUAAUUAUAGAAGAGAAGAAACAGGAUAAUGAUUUAACUGCAACAUAUUUUAUGCCCAUUGAAGAAACGAACAGAGCUUUUUAUGUUAGUACCAAUAGUUUCAACUUGGAUACCAUGCGAGAAGCGGCAAAGCUAUUAGAAGGUUUUCAUGAUUUCCGGACUUUUAUGGCAACUAGCAAAGACUCCGAUCGAAUAACGAGAAAAAAACUGGACAGCAUUCGAAUCAUUGAGCGCAGCAAAGAACAAGUUGGAGUGUCGUGGCCUUAUAGUUGGCCAGCUGUUGCAGUUCAGAAUAGUAAAGAGCAGUCUCACAGAAUUUUGGAUAUGUAUUUUAAAGGCAAAGGAUUUUUGUACAAACAGGUGAGGAGAACUGCAGGAACACUUUUAUCGGCAGGCACAGGACAGAUAUCAUUACAGGAUAUACGCUUUAUGCUUGAAGUCCCUUCUAAGCAUAGUUGGAAUCCAAGAAUAAAGGCAUUACCAGGCUACGCCUUGUAUUUGUGCGAAAUUGAAUACUAGGCUCAAAUAAGUUACAUCUCUACAGAUUUUGCUUUCGAUUAGUUAAACAUACCUAGAGAGAGAUCCACAAUGGUUGGCUCAAGAGUGUACAUAGGAGGGCUACCCUACGGCACCAACGAAAGAGAUUUAGAACGUUUUUUUCGGGGAUAUGGCCGAAUGCGAGAAGUGACUAUCAAAUCUGGAUAUGGAUUUGUUGAAUUUGAUGACUAUCGUGAUGCAGACGACGCAGUUUACGAAUUAAACGGCAAGAGGAUAAUGGGCGAACGAGUGACUGUUGAACGGGCAAGGGGAACUCCGAGAGGACGAGAUAGAUGGGGAGAUUCAGGCAGCAGUAGCAGCAGCCGUGGAAGAGAUCGAGACCGAAACAGCGGUAGAGAUCGUUAUGGACCACCUACUCGUACAGCUCACCGAGUUAUAGUUGAGAACUUAUCCAGCAGGGUGUCCUGGCAAGACUUGAAGGAUUACAUGCGUCAAGCCGGUGAAGUUACGUAUGCAGACGCUCAUCGUGAGCACAAAAACGAGGGCGUUGUGGAAUUUGCCAGUCGCAGCGACAUGAAAAAUGCCGUGGAGAAACUGGAUGAUACCGAAUUGAAUGGGAGGCGGAUUAAAGUUGUGGAAGAUAAAGGUGGACGUAGACGUAGGGAUUCUAGUUCUAGAAGCCGAUCGAGGUCUCGGUCUGCUCGUAGGUCGCAUAGCGGCAGCAAAUCGAAGAGUAGGAGCAAGUCUCGAUCCAAGAGCAAGGAUAAUAAGGGAUCGAGAUCCAGAAGUCGUUCAAACAAGAGAUCCAGAUCAAGGUCUGAAUCUAGGGAGGUCAAAAAACCUCGCGAAGACCGUUCAAGGUCCAGAUCAAACGCGAAUGGACGGGAUGACAGGUCCAAGUCAAAGGACGCUGAACGAGAUGCUCGAUCUAAGUCAAGAGAAGAGCGCUCCCGUUCAAGGUCCAAAGAGAACGGUCACCGUUCUCGAUCGGUAUCGAGAGAUCGAUCCAAAUCGAGAGAGGCCUCUAAAGAACGGUCCAGAAGUAAGAGCCGGUCAAGGUCAAAGAGUAAUUAACUAUUUUAGUGGGUUAAAGGGAUGCAUCAUUAGGUCUUAAAAUACUUUCAAACUACCUACAUUUGCGCCAUGAUAUUUUUCUGUUCCCCAAAUCCAUUCAUGCAGACAAUAUUAUAUUCCAAUACUUUUGUUAGUAAAGUCAGUACAAAUGUGUUUAACAAUUACGCAAACUUUGCGUAACUGAAUUUUUCUAUUGUAUUAUUGGGGUUUUAUCUAUAAUUAAUGAGGAAAAGUUGCCUUUAUUAAAUACUUGUAAGCAUCAUGUGGUUCUGGCGGUUACCUAUUUUGAUGUCGAGUCACUGUUAGCAUAGUAACCAAUUGUAUGGGCCUUAUGACGUUCACGUUGUAAACUUUAUCUUAUAAUCAAUAAAGCAAAAUCUUAU